AAGUGUUGCGUCACUGCACGGCCGCGUACACACGGACUGGGGCUUCAUGUGGGUGUGGGAGCAACUUUAGGAAACAAAGUGUACAUCGCUUGAAAAGUACCACACACUUGUACUUGCUUUCGGUUGGUUUGAUAGUUUCGAAAAAGAAAACCCAAAAGAGAUCAACAAACGUUCACAUCACUGAUUUGGUCCUCGUUCAGCUCUCAGUAUGUCCGAUGGGGACUAUGAUUACCUCAUCAAGUUCCUCGCACUUGGGGACUCUGGGGUGGGAAAAACCAGCUUCCUAUACCAGUACACAGAUGGCAAAUUCAACUCCAAAUUCAUUACCACAGUUGGAAUAGACUUCCGAGAAAAACGAGUGGUGUACAAAUCCAACGGUCCUGAUGGGGCAGUCGGGAGAGGACAGAGGAUUCACAUUCAGCUGUGGGAUACGGCCGGACAGGAGAGGUUUCGAAGUUUGACCACAGCGUUCUUCAGAGAUGCCAUGGGCUUCCUGUUGCUCUUUGACCUCACAAAUGAACAGAGCUUCCUUAAUGUGCGGAACUGGAUGAGUCAGCUGCAGACGCAUGCGUACUGCGAGAAUCCCGACAUCGUCUUGUGCGGAAACAAAUCAGACCUGGAGGACCAGCGGGCGGUGAAAGCAGAGAAUGCACGAGAACUGGCUGAGAAAUACGGAGUCCCGUACUUCGAGACGAGCGCUGCGAACGGUGAGAAUGUGAGCCGUGCCGUGGAGGUUCUGCUGGAUCUGAUCAUGAAGCGCAUGGAGAGAUGCGUGGACAAAUCCUGGAUCCCUGACGGGACGGUUCGCAGCAACGGCCAUAGCACCACCAACCUGGCGGAGCCGAACGACGCCGAGCAGAGCAAGUGCAGCUGCUAAUGCCGUAAGAAUCCUUCCUCUGCUUCGAGAUGCAGCCGAGGCUCUCUGAUCCUGUACAUUAGUGGUAAUACACAUCACGGUUGAAUUCAGCGGAUGUAGAGGAUCAGAGCCCCCACGCUGCGUAAAAGCAGUUUGUCUCAGAAUAGAUGGACUAAAGCCACCUAGAUUCAAGUCUUCACGUUUUGAGAGCACUUUACACCAAAUCCUGCAUUCAGAAACCUUAAUGCAUCAGAUUUAAUGUGUUUCAAGGGCUUGAUUCCUCUCACUGUGUCUUUCACUGUUAGUGCACUUCUUAAAACUAGACCUGGACUAAUGCAUGCAUUUCAGUGCAUUUCUUUGAUUCUGACGCAGUGACGCAGAAAAUUAGUUUUAUGUUGAGUUCUAAAUGAAAACCCCACAUAAAUCACUGGAAAUAUGAUUUAAAAAAAUAUGCAUGUUAAAAAAUGAUUUUAAAUAUUGUUUAAAAUAUAUAUAUUUAUAUUUUUGUUAACACCUUAUGUUACAAAAAUAUAUAUAAAUAUAUUUAAGCAGAUGUUCAUUUAUAUGCAUGCUUUACAACCUGUGUCACUUUUAAAAAAAAAAAAUUAAGAAAACCAUCAAAUAUGGAUUUGAAAUGGCACAAAGGUUAGUAAUGAUGGGUGUAAUCUGUUCCUGUAAUCAUUUGUGCUGGUUGUCCCUCUCUGGUGGACUAAUGGUGAAUAGCAUUCACUUCUAUGCCACUUUUUAACAAGUUUGUAGAAUUUAACACUUUUAAAUGUGUUACUAUGUUAUCUGUAGUCAUGUAGAUGUCAGAGACAAAUAAGUAUUUAGCUGUUACUGUAUUCAUGCGUAGGUUAGUGGUUGAUUUGUAUAGUACAUUUGUUUAGACAUUCACCAGGUGAUGGUUGUGGUUUUACUGUUUUUCUGGUCGCUGGUUUGUGUAGAUUUUUACUGCCAUUUCGUUUAAUCAUGGGAUUAGAUUUGGAGUGCUGUUUAGAUGAAAUGCCCACAUCCAUAUUGUAAAUUAUGCGCCCUCUUCUCAAAAAAAGGUUGUAAAGUGCCAGUAGAUUGCGUUUAUCUCUUUACAGUCCCUCCAUUUCACAAAAGCAAAACAAAUGUGUUUUUUCAUCUUCUGUGGACAAUUUGGUGUCGUUUAUAGAAUCAUUUCCAAAGUGCUUUAUUCCACUGUAGUGCCUGUAACACUGUAUCAUUGCCAAACACUGUCUUUUGUGCCAAAUACUGAAACUCUAUUUGAAAAAAAUAAAUAUAUUUUAUUAUUUAUUA